AUGGAUGACAAGGACAGGUUCAUCCACAGCUUGCUGUCCACGCCUCGUUCUCUGCUUAUAAGAAAUGUCAACGGGAAUGGUGGAGAAUCCACCACCAGUUAUGACUAUGAGUACAGUGCGCCUUGUCAUAAAUAUGACGUGAAGCAGAUCGGAGCCCAGCUCCUGCCUCCGCUCUACUCGCUGGUGUUCACCUUCGGGCUUGUGGGCAACAUGCUGGUCGUGUUCAUCUUGAUAAAGUACAAAAAGCUGAAGAGCAUGAGUGACAUCUACCUGCUCAAUUUGGCCAUCGCUGACCUGCUUUUCCUUCUCACUCUCCCACUGUGGGCUCACUCUGCUGCAGAUGAGUGGGUCUUUGGGGGUGCGAUGUGUAAAGUAUUCACAGGGCUGUAUCACAUCGGUUAUUUUGGCGGAAUCUUCUUCAUCAUCCUCCUGACGAUUGAUAGGUACCUGGCUAUCGUCCAUGCUGUGUUUGCUUUAAAAGCCAGGACAGUCACCUUUGGAGUAGUGACAAGCGGGGUCACCUGGGUGGUGGCUGUGUUUGCCUCUCUCCCAGGAAUCAUCUUUACCAUAUCUCAAAAAGAAGGUUUUCAUUACUCCUGCGGCCCUAAUUAUCCACUAGAAUGGAAGAAUUUCCAUACAGUAAUGAGGAACAUCUUGAGCCUGGUCCUGCCCGUGCUUGUCAUGGUCAUCUGCUACUCGGGAAUCCUGAGAACCCUGCUUCGGUGUCGAAAUGAGAGGAAGAGGCACAAGGCUGUGAGGCUCAUCUUUGUCAUUAUGAUUGUUUACUUUCUUUUCUGGGCUCCCUACAACAUCGUCCUCUGCCUGAGCACCUUCCAGGAAUUCUUUGGUCUGAGUAACUGUGAGAGCACCAGUCAACUGGACCAAGCCAUGCAGGUGACGGAGACUCUUGGGAUGACACACUGCUGCAUCAACCCUGUCAUCUACGCUUUCGUUGGGGAGAAGUUCAGAAGGUACCUCUCCAUGUUUUUCCGAAAGCACAUCGCCAAACGCCUCUGCAAACAAUGUCCAGUUUUCUAUGGGGAGACAGCAGAUCGAGUGAGUUCAACGUACACCCAUUCCACCGGGGAGCAGGAAGUCUCAGCUGGUUUGUAA